UGAACUUGAAACGGUGCGUUUUGUCUGUUUGGUCCCAAUCCGAAGUUGGAGUUUCGCUAUAAAAGCGAAAAAAAAUCUCGAGUUUGGAGGGUAAAAUUGUAGAAUGGACGCUAUUGGAAAUGGGUGUUGGGGGCUGUGGAAGUGGAAUCCGCUACCGCAGUCUCGACGGCGUCGUGUACGUCGCAAUUCCGGUUCGGCGGGUGCAACCGGCGGAGGUGGUUACCGGUUUCCGGUUAAGCAAGCGCUGACCGCGGCCUCCCUCGCCCUCACCGGCGACACAAUCGCUCAGCUUAGCAACCGUUGGAAGAAAGCUAAGGAGGGUGGUGACAAUAUAUCUCAGGAUGAACUAUGGAGCCACCUUUCAGACCAUGAUUGGCUACGAGCCCUUCGAAUGACUUCCUAUGGACUCCUUUUGUAUGGUCCUGGUUCUUAUGCCUGGUACCAGUGUCUUGACCACUUUCUCCCCAAACCAACGGUACAGAACCUAAUGUUAAAGGUUUUACUAAACCAGAUUGUGUUAGGUCCAUGUGUCAUUGCUGUUGUUUUUGCAUGGAACAAUUUAUGGCAACGGAGGCUCUCUGAGCUUCCAGAAAAAUACAGAAGAGAUGCUCUUCCAACGUUACUUUAUGGUUUUAGAUUCUGGAUCCCUGUCAGUGUAUUAAAUUUCUGGCAAACUUUUGAAUCUCACUCAGUGACUACUGCUGGCCCAAGAAGUUCAACAUUCUUCUCGUUGGGCGAGGCUUCUGGUUGUUGGGCGAAAAGGGUGGUGCCUCUUCAAACUCGAGUGGCUUUCAUGUCAAUGGGCUCAAUCUUCUGGAAUUUCUACUUGUCAUCAACAAUGACCAAGUAAAAUGCAUUGUUUACCAACAAGUUGCUUUGUUUGCAAUUUUUACAUCGUGAGUUUAAUCAGAAUCUGAUAGUGUUGGAAGUUGGAUGUUACCAUUGUUGCUGCCAUAUGCAUGAAAAAAAUAGUUACAUUUUUUCAUUUUCACAUGAAAAGUUAUCCGGUAAGGUGUUAGCUUUCAAGAAGGAAUGCUAUUAAUUUUGGAUAAUUUGUGUUUGUUUUUAUGGAUGAACAAUGUUCACUAUAUGCAAUUAAUUGUAACUAAAUCUAACUAAUUAUUAUUAUUAUCAAAGUUUAUAAUCCUUUGACUUUAUGUAAAAAUUACCAC